CGCCGCCCAUCGGCUGAAUUGGCUCUAGCUUGGCCAUCGCGCUGCGCCGAGGAGAGACUUGAGGUUUUCGGCGGGCGUGGACGACUGGACGUUACAAGGGUCCUCGUCGACGUGGAUAGUGCGCGAAGGAGACGAAAGAAGGAAACGGACGGCCGGAAGUAGGAAACCCGUCGUAAAGCGGACGUGCACUUUUAUUCCUCCCUCCAUCGUGCUCUCCCUGUCUCUUCCCCGUCGUGCUCACUCGUUCUCUCUCCCUCUCUCCGUCUCUCUCCCCCCCCUUCCCUCUCUCUUCCCCUUCUCUCUGUUUGUCUCUCUCCCUUGCGCGUUCUCUCUUCUGUCCCGCGUCGGUUCUCUCGUCGACGGCCGUCGGACCGCGCCGCACCGCGUCGUGUCGUGUUUCGUAUCCGAGCCAGAAGUCAGAACUCGUCGUCCGCCAGAGCCGCGCCUCCUGGAGCCUCGCGGCUACGAAAAACGGCCACCGCCGGUGACAGUGACAUGUGCGUUGCUCCAGUGCUGUGCCCCGCUGUCGUCACCGUGGCUAUACGCCGGAGCAGCCUGCUGCUGUGCGCCCGCUGUGCUCCCUGUGCUCGCUCAGAUCGCUGCGACCGUCACUGCUGCCGUGCCGCCGCCGUUACUCGCCGGAGUCGUCGUUGCACGUCGCCGUUGCGAUGCGCCUCGUCUACGAUGCCACCGCCCGCAAGAUGCUAACUAAAUGAUGAUGUUAAGGCAUUCAACGGGCAAACAUGAGGGAAAGAACACCCUCUGCCGACGACACCCCAAAAAGGGCCCCACCGGCACCCAGCAGAGAGGCGGCUUCGGCGGACGUAGCUGGUAGCGAGACACCGAACGACGAUACGAUUGAGGGUUAUCACACGGCGAAGUUGUCCGGCAUCCCUUCGGCAUCCGGUUCGACUACGUCGUCCGAUAGGAUGGUAGCGUCGACGCAGAGCCUGGAGGAUCUGGGCGUUAACCAUUCCGCCAACGCGGCAGGGAGCAACGGCGAUCGUCAGCAGCAUCAACAACAACAACAGCAUCUGCAGGAACGCUACGGUCAUGCCUACAGAUCAUCGGCGCAGACUGCCCAGGACAAGCGAUCGCGGCUGAGCAACGUAAUCAACAACCUGCGUAAAAAGGUACCAGAUGGAGCAGCGAGCGGAAACUCGGACUCGCCGAGAAAGGAAGAGGACGAUCGGAAUAGCGUCGAGAGAAACUUGGAAACUCUGGAGAAAUAUGUGAUGACGGUGCUGAAUGGCGUGAUCAAGGACAACGAGGAGGAAGACAAGAACGUAGAAAAAGAGUUGGAAAGGCAGAGGAAAAGUACUGAUGAAGAGGAAGAAGAAGAAGAAGAGGAGGAGGAAGAAGAUCCGACAGAUAUGGCAGUCAAGUCUGAGCCUUCAAGCGAGGGUGAUAUCGAAGCAGCUGUUGUGCCGCGGUUAGAGGACUCUUCGACGGUCAAAAAUACCGAAGACGCUGAAUUCUCGGAGAUUAUAGACUGCUUGAGUACAAAAGAAAUGACAGAAGAGAGUUUGCAAGUUUCGGAGGACAGAAUUAGUCAAGAUUCAAAGGAAUCACCUUCGAGGAUAGAGAAAGAAGAUCUAGACGUUGAGCAGAAAGAAUCAUCCGAAGAUGAUCGAGGCGUUUCGAGGGAGAAGGAGAGUCGAACACUAAGCACAAUUAUAAUGGACAGAUUGAGUGAGCAUCAAGUCGAGGAAAGAGCGAAUGUUGAUGACGGUAGAGGAAACCAAAUGCGUGAUGAACAUGCAGUCACAAAAGAUAUCACGAUGCGAGCGAUUUGCGGUGAAUUGCUAGACGAUCUGUUGAGCGAUGUCUAUCGCAUUGUCGACGAUCACGAGAAUCAAAAGACCGAAGAAUAUAAAAAGUCGAAGAAGACUGACGUGACCGAAUCGAGGGUGGAGGAGACCAAAGACUCAAGUAUCAGCGUUCAGGAGUUAUCCGUGACGGGCCUGCAUUGCAGUCUACCCUUGGACAAAGUCGCGUCUGUGCUUCAAAACUGUCAGACAAGUGAAUCGGUAACCUCACGACUCUCUUCGGGAUCAUCCUCGAGUCCUCCGUCGGCCCAGAAGUCGAAACCAUCGUCCAGUACUCCGCCGGUUAGAGUCCUCUGUCUUUACUGCGACAGGAAGUUCCUGUCCAUGUCCCGGCGACAGCGACAUAUGGAGAAAGCACAUCAGCUCAGCGGUGGCAGAAGAUCGGAGAGGAAUCUCCGAAAACCCUCCCAGAACUGCCAGUACUGCUCUGAGAAAUCUGCCGAUACUCUGGAGGCGUUAUUCCAACACAUGGUCGCUAGUCACGGAGAUAAGUACCACGCGUGCGUCCAAUGUUUGACGAGGUAUCUCACCCGGGAAGCUUUGGUGGGACACAUAAGCGAGACGCACGGGGGAAAUGCCGAGAGAAUCGGUCAGGUUCAGCCGGAGAAAAUCAAAGAAGGAUCGCCCCCCUGUAGAGACUUUUGUAAUCAAAAUCUACGUGAGAAAGUGAACAUGUCGUCAGUUAAAGAGAGAAGAUCCGAAGAAAAGGAAUCGGAGAAUCAAGAUGACAAUCGACGGUUGGACAGAACGAAACUCAUUGCGACGCGAGAACCCAUCGAUAAUCCGGCCAGUCCUGAGUUUGACAGUUCAUUUUACAGUAAUGUGAGUUGCAACAUUCGUGAGAACCUGCUGCACCAUUUGGAUGGCAAGCUGCAGACGAUAAGCGGCGCGUCAUCCUCGACGUGCAUACCACCGAUUGCUACCUCAAACUCGACGGCGACGACGACGGAAUCAAAAUCGCCGCAACAACAAUCGCAACAUACAUACUACGAGCACAACGUCAAUCAAAUCCAACUUCCCAUUGAUAUCUCACUGACCGCAGCGACUCCGGUUUACAGCAAAGACUAUUCGGCCAGUGAAGAGUACGAAAACUCGAGUGAAUAUGCCCGGAAAGCCGGUAAAAUGAGCAGCGGCUCACGACCGCGUCGAGUCUCUUUCGAAAAGUAUAAUUUCCCGCGAAAGUACGAUGGCAGGGAACAGUGGACGUGCUCGAUCAAGGACCUCAGCAAGUUCGACAUCUCCACGCAGCUGACACUUCGAAAGAAGCAGCAGCUUAUCAAAGAGCGUCUCGCUGGUAGCAGACUACAUCAGACUCAGUUGCUAUCCUGUGAGAUCACUGAUCAAGUAUCUCUUCGCGAUCAGGAUCAGACCGAGCCUGACAUCGAAAUGGCAGAUGAGAUGAUGAGUUAUUAUCUAUCUAUAGUAUAUAGCUCAAUGAGAGAUCAGAAUAACGCUGAUGAUACCGGUUGUAUAGUCGAUACAGAUGCUACGACUUUCGAUGUUGGCGAACUGCUUCCAAGCAAGAUUAAGGAGGAGCCGAUUAAGGAGGAACCCGAGUCAUCCGCGACUUCGACGUCGACGAUUAUUACGGAAUUCAGUGUUGAAUUCGCAGAUUUUAUGAGACUGAAAAGGUGCGAGAAAAGCGACAAUGAAGUCACUAGUGCUCAGGAGAUCGUUUAUGCUGAACUGAGCGGCGAAUGGUCACGAAUGCGGAUCUACAUCUGUGGCGCUUGCGGUUCCAGACAUGUAACACUGAAGGAGAUGGAGGAUCACAAAGCUUCCACGCAUCCACGUGUCCUGUGCUCACACUUCGACCUGGCCGGCGAUCAACGCGAGCACUACAAGCACCUAUAUUUACCGGGACGAGAUGCGCCUACCGAUGCUGCAUGUAACGAUUCUCUCGAGGAGAUGGUAUGCACCAAAUGCGCUAAGAGUUGUCCGAACAUGGGUGAAUUGCAUCGCCAUAUGCUGGAGUGUGGAGGUGAUCAGGCUUGGUUGCUCGGUCUCACCGGUAGUGGCAAGAAGAAGUGCAAGUGGCGGCCGUUCGGUAGCCGCAGCCGUCGACGGCGUCAGCGCGGCAUGAAAAGAAGCAUACAGAAUUCGCAGACUCAACCGCAAUCACGGAUUAUCAACACGGAGAAACCCAAAGAGAAACAAGCACCAACCGGUCCUAGAGUUCGUCCGAGUGAUCGCGAAAGUAUUCAGAAAAUGCUCGCCAAUCUGCCGGCUAAAAGAGCCACAAGGAAGGUUCUGCAGGACAGCAUGAUGCGAUCGCAGGGCCGACUUCGUAACGUGCAAACCAGAACAAGGCCUUGCAUAAUCGGCGACAACUCGUCCCGAAUCUCACGCAACAAAGCCGCUCUGCGGAAUAAACUGCUGAAGAACGCCAAGUCGAUUCAGCGGAAUCGCUGUCGGAGUGACAACAUCGCCGCGGUAAUCGAGAGCGUCGUGAGGAAGUGUCAUGAAACUGAGAAGAAAUCGGAUAGUGAUGUCGACAAAACCGCCGAAACUGAGAACGAGGAUAAGAAAGAUGCCAAAGAGAUGAACGAAGGUUCGUCGAAGGCAACCAGCAAAGCUUCGGAUCAGAAUGAUAGAACUAUUCGACCGAGAGUUGGACGACCUAAGAUUCUCGGCAAGAAGAGGAAUGUGAAAAACCCACAUCUUCAAAGCAAAAGUAGCAACAAGCUAGUGAAAGCAAUGGGCAAGUUUGCGAAGUUUAAGAAUGAUACUACAUCCGAGACGAAGGGUGAAGGCGAGGAGACAUCCUCCCCAAAGAGUAUACCAAAGAACGCAAAGACGCUGAAAACAAUUGACAAAGAUGACGUCAGUGCCGAUAGUAAAAAGAUAUCGAUGAUUUCUGGAAUAAAAAAUAAAAACAAAUUGACGCAAAAUAUAUUGAAGAGAAAACGUCCAGUGGAUCCGGUGGCAUCCUUGAAUGCUUCUAUCAAGGCAAAAUCACAAUUACGAACGCAGGAUGGUAAGUUUGCUCGCAAUCCAAACAAGAAUUUGCCAGCGAAAUCGUCCGAAGAGAAAACGGACAACGGAAAAUACAAGACUGCCGACUGGAUCGAAAUUAAGCCCAAGCUGAAAGCGGCGCAGAAGUUGAAAAAGAUUGGGAUCCAGCUGCCACGAAGAGUCACUCGAUUAUCGUCGGAUAGCGACAAGAUGCCGACUUUGGAACCAGUCGUACAGAUUGUUUCCUCCAAUGAGGAAUAUGCUGAUAAGUCGGCGAACGAUUUACCUAUCUUGUCGCCAGUAACGUCGUCGGGUUCUCUUCAGGAUCAAAAGGCGUCUCGAAUUUCCACAAAGUACGUUUUAAAGGAAAAAGAGGAGAAUAUUGAGGCUAAUGCUGAUCUCGAGGUUGUCCCUGAAAAAAGAAAAAGGGGGCAAAAAUCAACGAGAGGAAGAAAACCGAAGAAGGAAACGAAAGACAUGGCGAAGCGGAAGAAGACUAAUACAGUUGAAGAAAACAAAACUUCCAAAAAUAACGUAGUAAUAUUAAAAGAUGAUAAAACGAAAGGCAGGAAGAGUUUACCGGUCUUAAAUGCCAAUAGUAGUGAAAAUAGCAAGGAAGAAAUAUCGAAGAAAGAGGCAAUUGUCAAAAAAGAUUCUAAGCCUAAAAAGGAAGAAGCGACAAAGGAAACUCGAAACAAUUCGAAAACCAGAGUAAACAAGGAUUUCGUGAAACUGUCGGACAUUCCAUUUGAGGUGAAGAAACUACUGUAUUCGGCUCAAUGUAUUCUCGACGAGGAUGAUCUCUUGAGCACACUAGAGCUCGCAUCUAACGACUCAAAACGCAACCUGAGGCAAUUGGCACCAAGAUCGAAAGUGCUUCAAGUGAAUAACAAGAAACCGCGAGAACUCGAUGAUGAAUCAGACGGCUCGAAAGAUACUUGUAAGAAGGAGAAGAUUGAAGCGAUUAAAAAAUCAUGCAGAAAAAACGCUGAGAAGAAGAGUGACGAUAAACUAGCGAAAAUGAGUCUAGAAAAAGAUUCGACUAGCAAUGCGAUUGCCAAUGUAGCGCAAAACGAAAGAAAUCAACAAGGUAAAAGAGACAGAGCAGUGAAAAUUAAGGAAAUUACAAUUGAUAAUUCUGAUGUGAAAAGUAAAAUCGACGGCAGACAAACGAGAGGAUCAGUGAGCGACAUCAAGAGCGAGCCUUCCUUAGAAAUUGUAAACGAUAGUCUUCGAAAAGGCAGAUCUUUGGUGGGAAAACGUCGCAGUCGUAAUAAAUCGCUCGACAAAGAUGAAGAAAAUAACUUGCGUGUGUCCAAAGCACAGAGUAGCAGCGAAAAUGCCUCGUCGAGCGGAAAGGAAACUGAGAAAGAGCUCGAGGAAGGUAUCGAUAAAAUUUCUAAGAAGGAAAUUGAAGGUGAGAGCGAUAAAAAUUCCGAUGAUCACUUAGAUUCGACAGUAGUGAAUAUCAAUUUAAGUCACUUGCAAUCGGAGACGAGUAACCUGUCCAUUGAUAGUGGUAAGGAAAACUCUUUGGAAACAUCCGUGAACGUUCACAGUAAACUGAAAGUAGGGAGACCCAAGAAGUCAUGGGGCUCGCGUCGCGAGAAAUCGUUGAGGAAAAGGUCCUUAAACAAUGUCAUCGGUAUUCUGACGGAAGGCAUGAAUAUCCCUGUGGAGGCGCAGCAGAAUGUGCAGGUGCUCACGGUUCAGACUAGUUUGGACAAUCCGGAUAGGUUGGCGCGGAACGGAAGCGCUCAACAACCAAGCGGUGGUGAGGGCAACGUGAUCGUAGUAGACUCAGCAUUCAGCGAGCUGUCAGCCCUCGCCAAAAGUGAAGAAAAAUCCGCAGAGAACGAAACUGUUACGGCGACUAGCACAACCGAUAGCUCUCACGCAGAUGAUGAGAAGAAUGCUUGUCCUGAUGAAGCGCAACUUGAAACCGCCUUUGCCGAUGGAAAAGUCGACGUAUCGUUGAGAGUUACAACUAUUAAGGCGUGUUCGCCAGCCAAUGACAUUAUCCUCGAUCUGUCUAGAAGAAAACCCAAGGGUAAAGGCUCUUUUUUAGAAAAAAUUGUGUCGAAAAUAGCCAAGCAGAAAGACGCUUUGCUAGAAGGUGAGGUAGGUUCUUUGCUUGACACAGCGGCCGAUGAGUUGACUAGCAUUCUCGAUGAGGUCGGACCCACCUUAACUGAUAAUGCGGAGAACACAAAUUCUGAUGAGACAAACCAUGCUUCAGAGAACGAUAAAAGUGUGACAGUUACAUCCACUGACAAAGAAUUGCCGGUGAUUGUCGAACCUGAAAUUCAAACAUUGGAAAACGAGAAAACCAAUGUUGAGAGCGCGGUUUCCAAAUGUUCAACGGAUUCUUUGAAGAUGUCAGACAAUCUCGAAAAAAACUUGGCAACAAAGGCUGAAAUUCAAAGUGAGAAUCAACUUAAAGCAGAUAAUGUUUCAAACACUGAGAUGAAGAAUGACGAUGACUUGCACAGAAAAGUGAAUUCUAUUGAAGAAAAUGUUGACUCUUGCGAAAAUAAAUUGAUGAUAAAUAAAGAACCAGUUAUUCCAAUAACAAUUUCAAAUGAGAAUCUUGCAUCAUUAACCGAUAUUCCAAUUUCUUGUUCGUUAUUUAUGACACAAAAAGAAAAUUUAGAAAAACCUGAAAGAAAGAAAGGCAUUACAAAAUCCAGGAGAAAAUCCAACAAAAGAUCACUGGACGCAAGAUCUAAGAAAAAUAAGAAAACAUCACUAGAAAUCGUCGAAGAUCGCACAGAAGAAGAUGCGCAGAAGAAACUUGGAUUGAAUGACACGGUUAAGUCUGAUGUUGGAAAUGAAUUUUCAAAGAAAGACGAUAGUGUGGAGACUUCAAACGCAGAUAUCGAAAAGUCGAAGCUGCUUCAACACAGAGAAAACGAAAUUAUCAAGGACAACUUAAAGUCAACAAAUUUAGAAAAGAAUCUCACGACAACUAAUAAUGAAUCAAAUCUAGAAAAAUUCACCGAGUUUUCAGAAAUCACUUGUGAAAAUACGAAAUUAAUGGCGAGCCUUGAGAAAUCUCUUGACAAAAUAACUUCCGAUGAAGAUACUGUUACCAAUGAGUUGGUAGAAUCAAUCGAGAAAAGUACUGAUGUUUCGAUAUUAUCUUCCGAAAAAAGUGUUGAGUAUAAAAAAUCAGUAAAUAGAAAUAAAAAAAAGAAUCGAGUUAAUUCGAACGGAUCUUCAUCUAGGCGUAAAUCGAAGAGAAAAUUGAAAUCUGUCUUAUCAAUAAUUCCUUCGAUGGAUGCUACUAUAAACGUCCUCCAAACUUCUGUAGAACCUAUAGAUGAAACAGAGGAGAUACCAUCUUCGUCGACCAUUGCGAGAGAAUCUUCAGAAUCAACUGAUAUACAAUCGAUAAAAAUUGGGACCACUAGUGACUCAGACGUUCCUUUAGAAAACUUCUUGCAUUCAGUAGAAAUAGUGCCCGAGGAACAUAAAGAGACACAAAAUACAGACUUAAAAAAUUCAAGUCUUGUUAAUUCGAUACCUUCAAAAACAACGGAGAAACGUGGUGCGAAAAAGAAGUCAUUGGCUGAGGAGCAUCUGGAACUACCGGAAGACAAGUCUGCUAAAGUUGUUUUGAAACUCAAUGAUGAAUCCAGCAUCGCCGAUACUAACGAGCGAUUAUCUGUUAGCUUAGAGCAUUUCAAAAUACCGGAAGUGAAGGAUCUACCGCAGAGUGCGAAAAAACGAGGCCCAAAAAAGAAGUCGCAGCCCGAGGACGAUCCCUGGAACAGCGGAAGCGUUUCCGAAAAGUCUCGAACGAACGAGAAAUCCACGGAGAUCGGCGAGAUAUCUAACUCGAUCGAAGAGAAAGUCGAAGAACAAGAAAAAAUAGAGAAACGUGUUAUUGGAGAAGAAUCGAGUAUGAAGAAGCUCGGAAGAUCGAGUUCUUCAGGAUCGAUCGGUCUCGCUCCAUCUCUACCCAAGACAAGAUCUAUGUUCAAGAGAAAAAUACAGCUGUCAAACGAAGACCUUGCUGAUUCCUGCAUUCGAAAUCAAAGUGCCGAAAGCAUGGACGACUUAUCUGAGAGCUCGUGCGUCAGCGAGUCCAGCUACUUUAGGAAGAAGCGAUUCGCGAAGAAAAAGAGGAAAGAGGAGGCAGUAGUUGACAGUACCCGAGCCGAUGCUUUUCUCAUACAUUCGACAGCCCUGAAAAGCAGUAAGCAAAAUCCGAAAAGGAAAACCAAAUCAUUGCUUGACGAGCACCUUAAUUUGUCUGACGUAGAUGACAUUGACAUUCCAAUGGACAUCCAAGCCUCAUUAGAAAAUACGGAAGCCUUGGAAAAGAUUGAACGAGAAUUUGAACUCACUGAAAAAUCUUUGGAUCCACAAAACGAAGGUACAGAUAAACCAACGGAUGAUACGGAGAACAAAGAUUCGCACGCCACUUUAGAAAGACCAGCAUCUAAUAAUCAUGAUUCUUCGGAUAAUCCGGUUACCCCAAAGAAACGCGCGGGAGGCAACUUUGUGGUGGUGCACACAAAAACCGGUGAGAUUUUGAUUGUGGAAAAGAGGAAAAAGUUAACGAAGGAAGCGGCGAGGUUUUUCUGCGACGUAUGCGCUACAAGCUUCACUCGUAAGAGCUCUCUAAAGAAACAUACAUUGUCACAGUCGCAUUUAUCACAGUUGACAAAAUCCACCAAAGACAAAGCUGAGUCUGUUAACAGCAAUACGUUCGAGAAUACUGAAGAGGACGACAACGAAUGGAAGAAUAAUUCAGAAAAUGAUCAACAGAUGAAGAACAUUCAAGAAGACGCUCGAUCUCAUGAAACCGAUCAGAAGUCUUUGGAGCUAGACGAGAGCUUCGUUCCUUACACAAAUAGUACAGAAUUAACAAAAUCUCUUGUGGAUCUCGGAACGAGGCAGAUGUUGGAAGAUAAACUGCUGGACGAAGAAAUUUGCAAGAUUACUGAAAACAUGAGCCAUGACGAAUACGUUUUGACUGAUCAAGUGACACCGGAAGAUCCGAUGUUGUCAUCAACACCGAUCAAAGCCGUCCAAAAAAAUCAAGAGGAUCCAGGACAAGGCAAGAACAGUGAUAAGAAGCGGAAUAAGUCGAAGAAAAGGAAUCUGGCAGAAGAACAUUUGCUCUUGGAUUCUCCUAAAUUAGAAAAUUCUAAAAUUGACUCGGAUGAGCUUCCGAAACCAACCAAUGAUGUCAUGCGAAUUUCCUCGCCAUCUUGUGAUAAUUCUUCGAUAAAGGAAGUAAUGAACACGGUAGAAAAAAUCGAAGAUAUUUCUAAAGAAUGUGUAGAUAACGUUGAAACGAAAAAUCGAUCAGAAUUAACUGUUACAUCUUUGAAUGAAGAAACAAUUUUGAAAUCAGUAUGUGAUAUUGAUGGGAAAACUGACCAGCAAACGGAAUCUACGAGGACUAUGAAGAAAACGCUAAAAAAAGUUUCUAAAGUUUAUAACGAGGAAAAAGAAGAGAUCUCAACUUUAACUGAAACAAAUCGUUUCAGUCUAAGACCCAGAAGAAGUAAAAACAUUCAGCAUUAUGAAGAGUCUGAUAUUGAAGUUGAUAUAUAUUUUAUGGAUACUUCCAUGGAGAUUAACAGUGAUGAGAUAGAAGAUAGCCGUGAUGCGCAAAAGAAACAGAACGAAGUAGAAGAAGAAACCAACAGGGAUACACUACAGGAAAACGCAUAUGCUGCAACUGACGAUAAGAGUUGCCAGGAUGUAGAAGUCGCAAAAUCGAUGACAGACUCAACGAACGGCACUAAGAAAAAGAAACGUGGAAGACCGAGGCUUAAAAAUCGAAUUAUUUCGAAUUCCAGUAACGCUUCAGCUCCCACGAACCUCGAAGUUAACGGAAACGAUUCUGUCGCUACGACUAAUCUUGAUGAAUCAAAAAUUGAGGAUCAAAAAUUAAAUUUGGAUACCAAAGAGCGUUUCGACAAAACCAGCAAGCCGCCACAUAUUGAUGCAAAUGCCCAACCUCCUAAACGAAGUCGGGGCAGGCCUAGAAAAAAUCCUGUAUCCGUUAUAAAUAAUUCUUCAGUACAAGCAGAUAAUUCGAGUGCUUCCGAAUCGACGAAAUCAAAUUAUGAUGAUGUGAAAGAAAAGGCAGACGUGAUUGAAUCAUGUUCCAAAAUGAUUAUCGAAGAAACCACGUCGAUCAGUUCUUUGAUACCGAAUGCGGAGUCUUCAUCUGCCGUUCAAGAUCAUACUUCAGAAUCAAAUUUAUCGGAAACGAAAAAAGAUUUAUUAAAUACUGAAGAUGUUCAAAGCACCGAGUUAAACAUUUCUAAAGAUCAAUUGGCGCAGAAAAUAGAAUCUACGAAUAUUGCGAUAGACGACACCGUACUCAUAAGGAAUUGCGAGAAUGUGCUUAUCUCUAACAUUCCAUCAGAAAAAGUCGAAAUAUUGAUGCUAUCAGAAACAAACACAUAUGUUGACGAUACAAAAUGUGUGCUAGAAGACAAACAAAAUGAUACGAAUGUGAAUGUUUUAGCACUAACGACCAAAUCAUUAAUCGAGCUUCCAUCACAAAUUACCGAACAGAUAUCAAUUGAUAAUUUGGAAUCGGCUGAAUCAAAAGCAAUCGAAUUCGACAACAAUGAAAGCUUUGAAAUUUCAAAAUCAACAGAUAUUUUAAAAGAGAAACAAAUAAAGCCAAGAGAGGAACUUCCCGAAGAAGUUCUCAAAGCAAAAAUUUUGUCAUCAGAAGAUGAGGAUAAAGCGUUAGUCGAAGACAAUAAAUCUCUUCUCAACGCAAAUUUCCAUGAAUCUCAGAAGGUAAUAAGUGAUUCUGGGAAUGAUAGCGCUUACGAUGAAAAGACAAUUCGAUUGGAAUCUACCAAGAAAUUAUCCAGAAAAUCGACGAGUAAGGAACGAGAAACUGAUCGCAAAAGAUUGAAAACAUCCAAGGAUAAAAAGAAAAAAAUCAAAGUUGCUGAACUGUCGAGUGACAGCGAGAACGAGGAUGACAGACUCGAAUCUGCUGCUUCGAGUAAGAGUAAAAUUGUGAAGAGUGUGUUCGGCCGAGUGUUUGGUGGCGAGAAAGCGGACAAGGUGAAGGAAGUAUUGAACGAUUGGGUAUCACGAUCAGAAGACGAUUCGGAUAUAUCUAGAAGUGCUUUGGAUGCGAGAUCCUAUCUGCAUGGACUGACAAAAUUCUCCGAGAAUGGACACAAGAAAGAAAAGAAAUGCCACUUUGGCUCUGAAACAAAGAAGGAUACUGAACGAUUACCUAAAAAGAAAGGAAAUGAGAAGUGCAGCAGUGAGGUUUACGGGAAAGCGAAGAAUCGAAAGAAGCGAGAGAAGGACAUUGAAUCGAUACCUGAGGACCGUAUUGGCUCACCUAUCAAUCCGGCCAAACGAAGAUACAGAGAGAGCAAAAUCAGAGCGGAUGAGAAGAUUCUAAGAGCUUUCAAUGAUGAGUUAUUGACGAUUUCAGAUGAAGAUAAUAAGAUUAAGGAAAUGAGUAAUCAGAUUGAUAAUGAAUUGAACGAUAAAGAUAAGGAAACAAGGAGACACCAUGAAAAAGACUUGAAUAAGGAGCGAACGAAGAAUAAGAAUUUGAUUUCUGAGAAUUGGGAGAGUCUUCGAGUCGAACACAACGCUCAUGGAAAAUCGAAAAAUAGUUUCAGUCAUCGUAAGAAACAAGAUAAGGAGCGUUCUUUGUCACCAUCGCAGUCCGAGUCCAAAUACAGAUGGAGGGAGAGCAAGACCAAAGCCGGUGAGAGGAUCUGGAGAGCCUUUGAUAACGAGAUUUCAUCAUGCUUUUCCGAUGAUCAGAAUCGUAACGAAUUUCACGGAAUUUCUAUGGAGCAACAGAUCGAGUUCUACGAAUCUAAAGACCCGAAUUGUUCGGAUAAUUCGAAGAGUGUCAAACAAAAAGAUGACGAUGCUUGGAAAAACGUCAGUUCGAUAGAUCACGAACAAAGCGUAGUGCAUAGUGAACGCGGCAGAUCCAGAAAAAAUUCGAACAGUCGCAAGAAACAAGAUUUCAGUCUGAUUAAAAUAAGUAAGACAAAAACGAACAAAAGGAUUUCGAGAGAUUACGAGUCAUCAAUUCCUUCGAAAGAUCGAGAAACGAAGAGCGAAAUGCAAAACGAUCAAACGAUAUUAUCGACAAGUGAAUCGAAGAAUCGAUCGAAAACUUUGACCAAAGAUAGCUCUUACGAGUUCUUCUAUGGCGAUUCAGUUGUUUCGAAGUAUGUGAAUAAAGAUCAAGAUAAUUUGCUAACACAUUUGGAUCGUUCAAGUUCUAGGAAAAACAAAAAAAGGAUUAUUGAUGAAGAUUGGAAACAUUCAAUGAGAAAAUUUGAUCUGGACGAUGAUCAACCGACCAAGAAAGAAAUUGAACACAAGGAAGAGGAUACAAUAUCAUCGCGUAGUUGCAGCAGUUUAGCAGCCGAAGAACCAAUAAGGAAGAAUCAAUUGGUCGAUCUUGAUGGAAGUUCUCAGAUGAAUCGAAAGUCUGAUGACAAUGAUAACGACAACGAGGAGGAUGAUGACAGCGAGGAAGAUGACAGCGAUCUCGAGCAACGAAGAAUGUCACCAUUCUACGCUCGCGAGACUCCCGAUAACUCCAUAGAAAGCGGCUCCGAGGAAGAGGAGGAGGAAGAGGAUGGCGAGGAAGAAGAAGAGGAGGAACGCGUAACGUAUGAGGAUAAUUCUAGAAAGACAAAUCCAAGCGAAUUCUCUGGAGAGAAGAUCAUAAUCAGAUCGCCAUCUUCGGGUCAUAGAUCGGAUGUGGUAACGAUUGCACCCACAGACGCGAUGGAGGACAAUGCUUUAGACGUACCAAGAGAAAUCGAAUCAACGACGGAACCGCGGCAAGGCAAAAUCCUUAACUUCGAUGAGGAGCUCUUCGUGGAAUGUUGCUCGAGACUAAAAGCUACGAGUGAGAACGAGUUGAGAGGUGCGAAGAAGAUUAAGCUCGAUCACACGGAAUCAUAUCACAGGCGAGAUGAUCAAUCGCAAGGAUUCAGAGUCAAUAGAGAUCGAUGGAGAGACGUAGAGAGUCAAAAUAGUCUCGGUAGUCUUCUGGAAUCAGUGAAUCAAUUGCUCGGCGAGGAGAUGUACAACAGUCAUGACAAAAGUUAUCGAACGCGCGGUAGCGAACGAUCGAGCAGAUCGGCCAGUCCGGAUACGUCGCGAAUCGACAAUCUUGGCUACGAGGACAGUUUGGACGUAGCUUUUGAGCACAAUAACAAACUACGAGAUAAGAUCCAACAGCGCAUGAGAGAGAGCGAGAAUCUGAUAGCCAGUACGUUCGGCCAGAAGAUCAAUGACAACGAUCAUCCUGACGAUGACAAGCGAGACAGCGUUGGGAAUUCUUAUUCCUCGAGUAUUCACGAACAUGAACAGCUACCUACGUCGGUCGCGUCAAAUAGAGAGCUGGAGUCUUCACCGGGCCACAAAAACAAGACGAAUUCGACUCUAGGUGGUUUACACAAGGCACUAUCCAACUUGUUACAUAGCAAUGGCAAACAUGAUCAUAACGGUUCCGCUCCAAUGAAGCUGUUGGCGGAAUUGGCUUGCGCUCGAGCUCCGACCUCCAUGCUGCCGGAGGAUACCACGAACAGUAACAAAAAUUAUCAAUCGGUGAAAAUAGUCGCGGCAGCGGUCGCUGCAGCAGCUGCAGCGGCGGCUGCGGUAGUGGACAAGGACACCUCGACUUCGCCUAAGAAGCCAACGAAGGAUUCAACGAUAACGUUGAAGAAUUCGCCAACGAAGAAGACGAGAAACCCUAUUAAAGAAUUGUUCGAGCGCAAGAAGGAGAUAAACGAUAGAAAGCAACAGGAACGCUCGAAGGCUGCUUUCGUUGAAUUAAACAUGCAAAAGCAACGCAAGUCAAAGAAGAGCAAAAAGCAGCAGCAACGGGAAUUCCCGUUGAUCCGUAGAAGCGAACACUAUGGCGGCCUAGUGGAGAAGAAGAAACGUCGCGAUUCUCUCGAUCGGAAAGAGGAGACAGAGAGAAUAAAAGAUGUGUACGAAUUUGAUGAGGAGGAGAGCCAAAUGGCGCCCACUCUGGGUAGCGUGAUGUCUUAUAGGAGCCAAAUCGACAAGAGUUAUGACACCAAUUGGUCAAAGAUAAAGAAUACCGAUGAGAACUUGGAUACUGUCUUGCAGAAUGGCAGGACGAAUUACGUCGAGAACACUAAAUUGGACGCUAUAAUCAACCGUAAAUUCCAAGAGUUGGAGAAGUUUGCGCCAAAGACAAAAGGCGCUCUGAAGUCGUUCCAGAGCGAGGAGCAGCAACAACAGCAACAGAUUACCGAAGCAGUUACCGGACCAAUGGACGAAUUUGUGGAAAGGAAGCAACGCAUGAAACGGUCUAUAGAGCAGGGCAUCAAGCAAUCUGGCAAGAUUAAGAAACGAGGUAAAAGCUCGAAGAAGCGAGUAAGAAACGCAUGGUAUGAGAACGAUAGCUCGGACGAGUUCAGGACAGCCGCGAAAACGGAAGAUGUUGGCGUUGGUAUUUCAAAAAGUCAACGCUCGUGCUCGAAAGGCAAACAGAAUCUCUUUGCGGAGUUAUCGACAUCAUCCGAGAGCGAAUACGAACGUGACAAUUAUAUGUUCGAUUAUAUGUUCGCGAACGAGCAACGUUCGUUGAAAUUAAAGAAAAGUUCGAAGAAAUCGCUUGACGUCGACAUCGACAUCGACGAGACGGAUGAUCAACGCAUAGUCAAUGAACCUGAAUUCGACAAUGAAGAUCAAGUAGCAAGCGAUUGGAAUCAAGCAGUGAAGGAAACACAGGAAGAUACUAUGAAGAACGAUCACGACCUCGCGAAAUCAGAAUCGGAAAUGUCAGAUCAUUCUUUGGUGAUAGAUGAAAGAAAAAUGAUCGACGAUGCGAGGAACAGCGAUGACGACGCGGAUAAUCAGUACGAGAGAACGUUUGAGCUGGAUGAUUUGUAUAGGGAAGAUAGCUCGGAUGAAGAGACAGAAGUCGAAGAGAACGAAGAGCCGAUAACUGAAGAAGUGAAGGACAACAGACCUGAAAAGCAAACAUUGGAUGAAAACGCAACUUUGCAGACGAAACUUACUUCUACGAUCACGAAAGAUGAUUGUGCGUCGGAAAUGAUUUCUUUGGAAGAAGCGUUGGAUUUUCUAGAUCGGCAUGAGAAUCUCGAUCCGAAAACUGAGAAUGUAUGUACAAAGAACAUCGUCAACGGCACUAUGGAUGAAACUUCUAACGACAGAAUUGUUAAUGAGGAAACGGAGAACAAAUGUCCAAGCCCUACGGAGAUGCGAGAUGAGAAGGAGGAACCAGAUGACGAUGUUCCAGCUUUGCCCGAGAAACUGUCUAGUAACGAGAAACCACAGAAAGAAUCUGAUCACAAUCUCCCUCUUCAUGUAUUUCUCAGUAGAAAGGUACAAGAAUCAAAGAAAAGAAAGCAACAGCAGUUAGAUAAAUUACGAGAGGAGCAAGAGAGGAUACUUAUGGAUUUUCAGCCAACCAGAAGACAAAGAAAGUGUGCAAUAGGUAAACAAGGUCUGCUAGCGGAAAUAAGUAGCUCGGACGAGGAAUCAUAUGUGAGAGACAGCAGCAGGAAAGGUAGUGAUCAUGACAAGUCGCGGAAGAAGAGGGAAUCGAAGGAGAAAAGAAAAGAGAGAUACCUUGAGAAAAAGCAUGAGCAGAUGAUUGCUAAAGAGCAGAAAGCGAUCGAGGAAGAAAUUCUGCGAGAGGUUGGCAAGAGAAAAGAGAACCUUGCACAAAACGAUAAUGUUGCUUUGGAUACUGAUGUCGUAGAAACUGUCGUCUCCGAACAAAUUCAGAGGAAAAAACAUCAGACGAAAGAGAAACAUAAGAAAAGUGGCGACGAGAGUAUUGAGGAGAAUGCAAUGUAUAUUGAUCAGUCUUUCCUUGAUAGCUCAGAAGACAAUCAUAACAAAUCAGAUCGUGCUUUCUCCACUGCGGAAAGUAACGCAGAGAAUGACCACUCAUCAACUUCACCAAAACGAAAGAAAUUCGCGAAAUCGCCAGCGAAGUCAAAGAAAGUUUCCAAACCCGAGAAUGGAAAGAUCUCGACGAGUAAGAGAAGCAAAGAGUCAACCGCGGAGAAAUUCAAGAAGUCCGCAAACAACAAGGAUUCUAAGGAACGCAGAUCAUCCAGCGGAAAACGCGACUCCGACGAUGAGGAGCUAAAGACCACCAAGUCAUGGAACAAGGUCGAGGAAGGCGUCGGGGUUGCAAUCGGUCGACAUAAACGCACUGCUGCUCUUCAAUUAUACUAUUGGUCCAGUUCGAGCGACGAAGAAGAGGCGCCAGAACCGAUUCCGGCGCCGGAAGAGGAGGAGGACGAUCGGCAGGAACAACACGGAUGGAUAGUAGGCGAUUCCCAUAAGAAAAUGAUCACAAUGUUGGCGAUGGAGAAGCAGCUGAAGGAAAAACGACGUAGGAGCGAGGACGACUUCGAACCUGGUAAGGCGAAGAGCAAGAAGCAUAGGAACAGCACCUCUUGAUACGUGUUUCAUGAUUAAAAUUCAAUCGAACCCGCGCGAUAGACGCAAUGAGACUACGUUAUUCUGACAACAUAAACUGUGAAAGCGAGAAAGUGAAAACUAGAAGGAUCUCCAUGUUUGUUUUUAAUGAGAAUUUAUUACGUUCUAUAUCUUCCACGAUAAUUACUUGUGGCAGAUCUAUUUAGGUAGAUAAAAAUACAAUGGAUAAGUGCGAUCUACGAUCAAAAAAGUAUUUGUUGUGUUCGAUCUUUUAUCU